GUUAAAGGGGUGUGUAGUGAGUGAGGGAGGGAGGCAGAGGUGUAGGCUAGGAAGAAGACACACACACACACAUAUACAUACUCGCUUCCAGUCAGAGCUCUUCAUGCGGUGGGGUGGGGGGAACUCAAAAGCUGAAACCGAAGUAUCAAACGAAGAAAUCAUUUUAACUCCCUCAGUAAAGCUGUGAUCAUAGCGAGAACCAACAUGGCUUCUGAUCAGAUGCACUUGUUCUCACGGGAUUUUUGCCUUUUUCUAUUAGCCUUAUACGGUGGGAUUCAAAUCUGCCUUGGAUUUAACAUAGACACCCGAUUCCCGGUCGUCAAAGAAGGGCAGACGAGCGGGAGCUUCUUUGGGUUUUCCGUCGCACUGCACAAACAGACAGAGGGGGCUAACAGAUACCUGCUCUUAACUGGAGCCCCAAAGGAGAAAGCAUCCCCAGCGCUCAAGGUCAAUGAAACUGGAGCAGUUUACUACUGUCCCAUCACCACAGACACCAAAGACUGCACCCGUGUUGACCUGGUUAAGAAUGUCAAUCCUGCUCAGGAAAUGGUGGAGGACAUGUGGCUGGGGGUCACUGUGGCCAGUCAAGGAGGUCCCAAUGGGGGGAGAGUGUUGGCUUGCGGACACCGCUACGUGAAGAUCUUGAUGUCUGGCUCUGAGGAGCAGAGGCGCAUGAUUGGCAAGUGCUUUGUGAGAGGGAACAACCUGAGCUACAACCCCAGUGAUGAUUGGCAGACACAUCACUAUGAGGUGUGCAACCCUGCCAAUGACAUGAGCAGUGAAGGCAUGUGCACCAUGGGCAUGUCCGGAGGCAUGACAGAGACAGAAGUGUACAUCGGCACUCCUGGGAGCUUCACAUGGCAAGGAAGUGUUGACGUGACCUGGUGGAACCCUAAAGCAUCCUGGGAUCUGUACGAAAGGAAGUAUCCCAACACGGACAACAAUAACAUUUAUAUCGGAUAUUCAGUACGAGAGGAAAAGAAUGUGCUACACGCGGACAAAUACACUGUUAUAGCUGGUGCUCCUCGAGCUUCCCACAAGGGGGCAGUCUUUCUGAUGGAUAUCAACACAGAUGACAUUGGAUUCAACACGAUGCUGUCCGGAGAACAAGUGGGCUCGUAUUUCGGAAACAGUAUUGCAGCAGCAGAUCUCAACAAUGACGGCUGGAAGGACCUGCUCAUCGGAGCUCCAUUCUAUUUCGACCGGAAGAAGGAGAAAGGAGGAGCUGUUUACGUAUUCAUGAACGAGGGCGGGGUUUUCCAGAACACCUACAGUCUGGUCCUGAAGGGAGUCAGCGGCUCAGGGUUUGGGUUUGCCGUUGCCAGCGUGGGAGACGUUAACCAGGAUGGCUUUGAAGACAUUGCCAUCGGCGCUCCCUUUGAUGGAUCUGGCAAGGUGUUCCUUUACCGCAGCAGCACAGAGGGACUUUCCAAAGAACCCAGUCAGGUGAUUGACGGCAAUGAGAUUGGCGCUAGCGGCAUCAAGAUGUUUGGAUACGCCAUCAACGGAGGCCUAGAUGUUGAUGAUAAUUCUUACCCGGAUAUGCUUGUGGGCAGCUUGGAUGAUAAGAUUGCACUACUCAGAGCUCGCCCAGUUAUCCAGCUCUCCAAAACAUUCAAUGUGAGCCCAAGUAUCGUGGAUCCUGCCAACUGCACUGAUGACUCCUGUAUUAAGGUGAAGCUGUGUUUCUCCUAUAUUCUCAGCAAUGGAAACACAAACUUUAAAAAGAACAUCACUCUUAAGUACAGACUGGAAGCAGAUGCAGACCGGCGCUCUCCUCGAGUGAAGUUUCUCAAGUCCAGUUCUCCAUCUGUCUAUGAAGGCUACUUCUCCAUGCCAGAGACCAAAUGCCAGACUUUCAAGCUCAUACUGACAGAUAAUAUUCAAGACAAGUUGCACCCAAUUAAGUUUACGUUGAACUAUUCCAUCUAUGAGAAGAAUGCAAGGACACGCAGGGACAUUCAGAGCUUGGAUGCCUUUCCAGUGUUAAGUGAAGAGCAAAACCACCAAGACACCCAAGAGAUUCACUUCCAUAAGAAAUGUGGGGAAGACAACAGGUGCAGGAGUAAUCUACAAAUGACUGCAGCCUUCGCCUCCUUUGCCCCUGAAGAACAGCUGCCCAGCAAGGCUGGGAAGCAAGUCCUGCAGUACAGCCCUGAUGUGAAGAAGCUCCUUCUCGUUGUGAACGUGACGAAUCUGCGCACUAAUACUCGUGAAGCUGAGGACGCCCACCAAGCCAUCCUCAACAUCACCCUCCCCACAGCGCUGCAGUAUUCAGGGGUCCGAUCUGAUAACAACAUUGAGUGUCAUGCUGACGAGACGGUGAUCUGUGAACUAGGAAACCCAUUCAAAAGCGAACAAGAGGAAACAAUCCGGCUAAUUUUUGAAGCCUCUGGAAUCACCCUCAACACGCAAGAGAUUGAAGUAGAGCUCCAGCUCUCCACGCAGAGCGAACAGGAUGAUCUGAAUCCAGUGCCUGCCGUAUUGCAAAUACAGUACUCAGUGCAAGCCUCCUUCUCCGUGGACAAUGGAAGACAGCUAACCUAUUUCAGUGGGUCAGUGAUGGGUGAAUCUGCCAUGAAAAAAGCAGAAGAUGUUGGAAGCCCAGUGGAGUACACCUUUAAUGUUGCAGUAAAAGGGGAGCCCCUGGGCAGUAUGGCUACCUUAGCAGUGGUGUUUGAUUGGCCCUAUGAAGUCUCCAAUGGCAAGUGGCUGCUGUACUUGACUGAGAUUGUGACAAAGGGAACAGCAGAGAGCCACUGUGUUCCAAAAGGAGACAUCGUCAAUCCUCUCAAUCUUACACUGCCUAGUCGAGGAUCACACAGGAGAAGACGGGAGGCUGACUUGUCUCAGGGCCUGGAGGCUGGAUCAACUCUGCCGACGUCAAAGAAGGGAAAAAUAACCGUGUCUCUGGACUGUUCUCAAAAAACAGCAAACUGUAUCACUUUCAGCUGCCCUCUUCUCAACAUGACCAAUAAGGCCACCGUGAUCGUCCGAGCACGAGUGUGGAAUAGCACACUGCUGGAGGAUUACUCAGAAGUAGGCCGUGUGACAGUGAAGGCCAAAGCCACGCUGAAACUGGUCACCAAGAAACCAACAAUUGAAAUGACAGAGACAACGCAUCCGAUCAUCCUGGAAGUGGACUCUGAAAUCCUAGAGGAGGCUCCUCAGGAUAUUGCACUCUGGAUUAUCAUUGUGGCUGUGGUUGCAGGAAUUCUGCUACUGGGGUUAAUCAUACUGCUGCUGUGGAAGUGUGGCUUCUUCAAGCGGGCCAGCAGGAGGGAAAUGUACGAGGCCAAGGGUCAGAAAGCGGAGAUGAAGAUCCAGCCCUCUGAGACAGAGAGGCUGACUGAGGACUACUGAGAAGGGGCCCUUCGGGGUCACAGGCACAUUUCACUGGGGUUCAUUGUGUGGCUUCUUUAAAAGAACAAGCUUUUACAGGAUAAUGCCAAAGUACCAUGCAGUGAAAAUACGUAAAGAAGAACGCUACCAGUUCAACGAAGGCUUCCUAACCAAGAGCCCAAAUAAAAAAGAAUGGGUAACAAACUGGACAGAAAUGCACCAUUAUUACAACUGACCCCUAGGCUCCGCCCCUCUGCUGCAGGACUCAUCAUUGGGGGGCUACACCAAUCACAAGAGCUGGGCAGAGCUAGAAGCCACACAUUCACAUUGGGGCGUUUGUGGCAUAACAAAGGACUAAGCGAAUCGCAUUCAUGUUAAAAAAUAAAAUAAAAAAAAAAUAAUAAUAAUUAAUAAUAAUAAUUAAUUUGCUUCAUCAGAUAUGCUGUCCUCUAGUGCAAUAUUAACGUGUUCUGUUUUGUUAAAACUUUGCAACCUGACAGGAAACCAAAUAGAUUAAAAUAUUUUGAGAAAAGUGACUAUGGACUACUAAAUAUUACAUUUACAGUAUGUAAACCCAUAUAUUUUUUAAAUAGACAGGUUUGUUUUGGAUUUUAGAAUACCCCCCUCCCCAAAUCUAAUAUUCAAGUAUAUUCUGAAAAUGUGUUUGCUACCGUUCAGAAACUGAGCAUAACUAACAUACAUUUACUGAAGAUGAACAGACAGUGAAAAAGAUAUUUAAUUGAAACAAUUAUCCACCUCUCCUUUAUUACUGAGUACAACUGAGUACCAAUAUGUAACACAGGCCUAUGGAUUUUCUUUGUUCUUGGCAGACUCUGUAAUCUAUCAUUGGUUUAUGGUGAUGGUUGUCAGGCUCCAAAAAAGAAAAUAGUAAUUACAGCACCCAAAAUAAAUAUGUGUUCCCAGAUGAAUGACUGACAGUGGACAUAAAAGUGUGCUUUUAGGUACAAAAUUGAUAUAGCAACAAAUAUGUACUCCUUAACAAUGCUCUAUUUGGUAUCUUAGUGUUUUCAAAGUAUUAGUCUAACCAACAUGUUUUGCGUUUUACAUGCAAGUACAAUUGAGCCUCUUGCUCGUUGCUAUGGCAAUUGGCCAUGGCAACCAGUAUCCGCAGGUCAGCCUUGUUUUUUUCUGUUUUGCUAUAACAGAGCUUGUCAUGUAUACAACUGCUCCAGGUAAGACUAACCUAGUUAGAGUGAUGUAAGCGCAACGUGUCUGUACAGUUCAUCUACCAUAUUCAGCAAGGUCUGAACAGAAGGGUGAAUAAACAGUCGCCAUUACAUUAUAUUUUAGUUUGAACUGAACGUUAUGCGGCACAUUAGCAUUAACACCUACUUUUCUGUAUUAAUUACUUAUCACCUCCCUGUUUUCUAUCAUGAGCUUUAGUCUUCUGUAAUUUGGGAUGCUCUUACAAAAAAAAAAUUAACUAAAUAAAUAAAACCGCUGGUGAUUGACAUUUAGUUUUAAUUGUGGCCCUGCGAUCAUCUUUUUUUCUAAGAGCAAUAACAAUACAUGCCUACUUUAACAUGUGUAUAACCAUGCAAUAUAAAAGUAUGGGAGACACCCUAAAAUAUCUAACACAGGGGUGUCAAACUCCAGUCCUCGAGGGCAGCAGGUUCUUCUGGUUUUCAUUCCAAUUUAAGCUCUCAAUUAACAUAAGUAAUCUCAUUAUGGAGGCUGUGUGGUCCAGUGGUUAAAGAAAAGGGCUUGUAACCAGGAGGUCCCCAGUUCAAAUCCCACCUUAGCCACUGACUCAUUGUGUGACCCUGAGCAAGUCACUUAACCUCCCUGUGCGCCGUCUUUCGGGUGAGACGUAGUUGUAAGUGACUCUGCAGCUGAUGCGUAGUUCACACACCCUAGUCUCUGUAAGUUGCUUUGGAUAAAGAUGUCUGCUAAAUAAAUAAAAUAAUAAUUAUUUGCUGAAUUUGACAUAUAAGGCCUUUUACAGUUGAUGGUUUUAAAAAUGAACUUGAUUCAAGGUACACUACCUAUGAAACAUUUUGAGGCCUGAAGAGAAGUGUUAAAUGUGUCCAGUUAAUCCAAUAAUUAGACCAAUUAAGUAAUUGAGAGCUCGGGUGGAACAAAAGCCAGAAGACACUGCGGCCCUCCAGGAACUGAGUUUGACACCCCUGCUCUAACACAUAUACGAGAUGAAUAAGCAAAUACAAUGAUCUGUAUUGUUUUUGAUAUUGGUACUUUAAUGAAACCCCAGAACAGUUAAACUGCUGGCUUGCUUUCUAUACUGGAACAGGCUAAAAUCAAAGGAUAUUCUUAUUUAUUUCAAACCAAUGUAUACAUCCGCAGAUGUGCAAAAUAAAAACAGUAUGCUGUGUUGCUCCUAACAUGCAGUACCGUUCUGUGAGUUGUUACCGUUCAUAUAGAAUCAAUGCCUACUGGACUUAACUAAAUCUUUUCUGUGGCUACGAUGCAGGUGUUACACUGGACUUUAUAGCAUUAUUUAUCAGGGUUUUGGCAAAAGGAAGCAAGGUUUCCUGGUGCGAUAAAUGUUCAGAAUACAACGUUUCAUUGCGUCCAGCACUGAUAUAUAAUUAGGUGAUCAGGACGGCAUACUUUUUAACUGGUGGGAUCCUUGCUCUGUAUUCAACCUCUGAAAUACAUUUUCUCAAAUAAGUAUAUAAAUAUAUACUAAUCAAAAAGUUAGUUAAUCACAGCAUCUUCCAGGAUAGUCAGAUGUGUUGUGGGACCUAAUUUGCAUCCUAGUGGCACCUUCCUGUUCAAAUCUGCCCAGAUUUCAAGAUCUGCAGGCUAUGCAUAUAUACAGCAAUGGGCAGCAGUGUGGAGUAGUGGUUAGGGCUCUGAACUCUUGACCGGAGGGUCGUGGGUUCAAUCCCAGGUGGGGGACACUGCUGCUGUACCCUUGAGCAAGGUAUUUUAACUAGAUUGCUCCAGUAAAAACCCACUGUAUAAAUGGGUAAUUGUAUGUAAAAAUAAUAUGAUAUCUUGUAACAGUUGUAUGUUGCCCUGGAUAAGGGUGUCUGCUAAGAAAUAAAUAAUAAUAAUAAUAAUAAAGCCAUAUUUUCCCGAAACAGAUGUAGAAUAUGGAUCCAACCCGAGCAAGCAGAAAAUAUGGUUGACAGAUGCAUUAGAAAUGUAAUGCUUUUUUAUAAAAAAAAAAAAAAGACUAACAAUUGUAAGUCGCCCUGGAUAAGGGUGUCUGCUAAGAAAUAAAUAAAAAAAAUUAACUAGUUAAAAAAUCUUUCAAGGGUGUUAUUCCAGCUAUGUCCUGCAGAGGUCGCAUAACCCACUGUUUGCAGAAGGUCUUUCAAUCACAUUUUUGUAAAGAAACCUCCUACAAAACACCAGUGGUCCUGUUUGAUUAAAAUAUAUUGCAGCACCAGAUACUUUAAAACACGCUUCCUUCGGCUAAAUUCCUGUGCUAGAAUUUGUAAAAUAAUAGUGGUUCAACAAAUACAAUUUUUAAGGACGCGGGGGUGUUAAUUUUAUUGUACUGUUUUCACAGAUGUAUGUAAUUGUACAAGAAUGGACAAUUAUUAUUGUAAAGUAUAUAUUAAAUACAUGUUCACCUCUGCUUUUUAUAUUAAAGAUAAAUACAACAGAAAUUGCAAGUAUUUUUUUUGUUGACAUUUGUGUUUGACACAUGUUAUUAAAGUAUUUUUAACAAAUCCA